CUUGAAUAAAAAGCUCAGCUUGAAAGCAUGAGAAUCCCUUCGCCGUAGUCCACUGAAAUCGCUCUCCAUCAGCCACCGCAAGGGAACCAAAAACUACACCAACCCCAUUUUGAUUCUUUCGGAUUUUGUUCGGAAAAGAACUUCCUAAACUCUAAACCAAACCAAAAUCGAUUAAAGUUUAUUGUUUGAGAUAUGUUAAUCCUCCUAAACCCAAACCAAUAAUCAUCCAUAGGUGGUUCAAAUAUCAAACACAUGGUGGGCGUCUCACCACAACAUCAUGCUCACAAUACUUAGGCUGAACCAAAAGAAAUUCGUCACUAGAACUCUACACAACACAACUUGGUAUCUAUGUUCCACCCUCAAAUUUUGCACUCAACCUCAAUCUCAAUCAUCUUUGCAAACAACAGAAGUUGACAACCUCAUACUCCUCAAUAAGACAAGCUCAUACCCAUGUUCCACAUUCAAAUUGUGCACUCAACCUAAAACAUCUUUGGAGACAAAACCAAUUGAUGUGGACACCAUCACCAGAAUCAUCAAUGACCACCCUUUCCCUGACCAACCCCUUCACCCCAUACUGCUACAUCACCUCCCUCCUUCCACCAUCACCACCCGGCUUAUUGAAAAUGUCCUUGGUCGCCUCUUUGCUUCACAUUGCAACGGCCUCAAGGCUCUUGAGUUCUUUAACUUCACCCUCCACCAUUCCCACUCUCCCCUCAGUCCCGAUUCCUUGGAGAAGACUCUUCAUAUUCUUACUAGGAUGAGGUAUUUUGAGAAAGCUUGGAGCUUGUUAAAGGAAAUUGGGAGAACCCAUCCUUCACUCCUCACACUCAAGUCCAUGAGCAUUAUGUUGACCAAAGUUGCCAAAUUUCAAUCCACUGACAACACUCUUGAAGCUUUUAGGAGGAUGGAGCAUGAUGUGUUUGUUGGGAAGGUGUUUGGAACUGAUGAGUUCAAUGUGCUUCUGAAAGCAUUUUGCACUCAGAGGCGGAUGAAGGAGACUAGGUCUGUAUUUGUUAAGAUGGCGCCGAGGUUUCCUGCGAAUACUAAGACCAUGAACAUUUUGCUGUUGGGGUUCAAGGAAUCAGGUGAUGUUACCUCUGUUGAGCUCUUCUAUCAUGAAAUGGUUAAGAGGGGUUUUAGUCCUGAUGGUGUGACUUAUAAUAUUAGGAUUGAUGCUUACUGCAAAAAAGCUUGUUUAGGUGAUGCUUUGAGGGUUUUGGAUGAAAUGGAGCAGAGGGGUUUUGUCCCUACAAUCGAAACCAUAACCACAUUAAUCCAUGGAGCAGGGUUGGCACGGAACAAAGGAAAGGCAUGGCAAUUGUUCAACAAGAUUCCGUCUAGAAACUUGGUUGUGGAUACUGGUGCCUAUAAUGCUCUGAUUAGUACUUUGGUUAGAGUCAAAGAUAUUGAAUCUGCGCUUUCCUUGAUGGACGAGAUGGUUGAUAAACACAUUGAGCUUGAUGGGGUAACUUACCACACAAUGUUCUUAGGGUUGAAGAGGACAAAGGGGAUUGAAGGUGUGAGUGAAUUUUACCAGACAAUGACUAAAAGGAAUUUUGUUCCGAAAACAAGAACAGUUGUGACACUAAUGAAAUAUUUCUGCCAAAAUUCUCGUGUUGAUUUGGGUUUGAGUUUAUGGAAAUACAUGGUUGAGAGAGGGCAUUGUCCUCAUUCUCAUGCUUUGGAUAUUCUAGUCACUGGAUUAUGCUCCCGGAAUUUAUUGCAAGAAGCUUUUGAGUGCUCCAAACAAUUGUUAGAAAGAGGAAGACAUAUGAGCACUGCUUCAUUUUCAAUGAUGGAAAAUUUUUUACUGAAGGCUGGUCACAAAGAAAAGUUGAAGGAUCUAGAUCAAAUGAUUAAAAAAUUGCAAAGUAUCUUACCACCAUCAAGAGGACAUGCUACUGGUAUUUCUACCUCCAGGAUUAUAGAAUAGCAUUUUUUUUAAAUUUGAUAUAACUUAUGUAACCUGAUUUUGGUGGAGUUUUUCAAUGUGUUAUUAUGUAUGUAUAUUUUUUGUAUUGCAAUUGUACCAUUACUUGAAUAUGCUGACAUGACAGAAGUUUAAUAAACAA